UUAAAGACCUCUAGAAACAUUUGAACAACCAAACAACUAUAUAGUAACAUACAUCAUUCCUUGAAAGUAUAAAAUUUAAAAAUACAUAUCUAUCUUUCCAUCUUCUAAUCUAUCAAUGGCGUCUAGAGCAACAUCACUUUUCAUCUUCUUCUUUCUCAUCUCUUGCACAUUCAUGUUGCUUGAAACCAAUGCAUCAAAAAAUAAGUCUCGUAGCGAUCUUCCAUUGUGUGGAUUUAGAGAACAUUGUGAUGGCCUAUGGUGUCCUGGAGAAGGAGGAAAAUAUUCAUGUAUCAAUUGGUCUUGUAACUUUAUUGAAGAUUGUGAGAAGCGUAUCCGCUGCGAAAAAACAGGACCUUGUUGUUUCGAUGGAUUAUGCGAUUGUACUAAUUUUUAAGAAUCCU